CAAAACUUUUCCUUUCUACUUUUAUUCCCCAAUGGAUCGAAAACGUGUUACUGGACCAGAACUUAGUGUUCCACCUCUUUUUAAGAAAUCAACUGUAUCAAAGAAUAUUUUGAACGAAAAGAAUAGACGUCUUGAUGAUCGUACCAUUCAUGAUCUUCGACCCAUCUUUAUGAAGACAGGGUUAGUCACUCAAUCCAAUGGAUCAACAUAUAUUGAAAUGGGAAAUACAAAAUUAGUAUGUGCUGUAUAUGGACCGCGUCAACUCAAGAAAACUGGUUUUUCACCACAAGGUAUCUUGAAUUGUGAAUUCAAAUUCUCUACUUUCUCAUGUACGAAGCGUAGAGGACAUAUGAGAGAUGCACAAGAAAGAGAAUAUUCUAACACACUGAUACAAGCAUUGACACCUGCUGUACGAUUAGAAUUGUUUCCUAAAUCAGCUGUGGAUAUUUAUGUGAAUGUAUUGGAAAAUGAUGGAACAAAUGCUUGUUUGGCUACUGCUAUCAUUGCUGCUAGUAUGGCUCUUGCUGAUGCUGGUAUUGAAAUGUUGGAUCAAGUAACUGCAUGCUCUGCUGUAUUUUCUCAAAAGUCGAUUUUGAUGGAUGGAACGGAUACCGAAGAAAAACAACAAGAUGGAGCAUUGAUGUUAUCAUACAUGCCUUCAUUGAAUCAAGUCACACAUAUCCUUCAAGCUGGACGAUUAGAGAAUGAUGAUAUCUCAAAGGCUAUGGAACAAUGUAUCGAUGGAUGUUCCAAGAUUUACAGUGUCAUGUCUGCCGCAUUACUAGAAUCCUUGAAUUGAUCAGCAUUACAUCUCCCACAUAUUUUACUCACAAUCACAUACGCUCACUUCUAAUUACAUCUCUGUAUCUCUUAUCAUUCUUCAUAGCAUAGAAACUAUUUGAUCAUAUUACAAUUUUUUUUUUUUAUUAUUAUUCUCACUUUUCAAUAAAACAAUGAUUUUUGUAUCCUCUA